AUGGCGUCGGCAGCGCAUAUGCGCAACCUUAACUUGGUUGCAACUUGCGUGCUGUUGUUUGGCCUGACAUCAUGGCCGACGCAAGCAGCCAAGCCGCUGCCCGGCCCCAGCCGGCAGCUGCUGCAGUCGCCCGGCGCCGCCGGUGACCUCAACGGCUUCAACUCUUUCUACGGUGACCCCUGGGGCACAGCAAAUGGAUACUACGACCCCCAAGGCCCCGGCUACAUCCCAGGUUUCAUCAACGUGGACGUGUCCAAGGAGUACGGUGCACACUUCGACUUUGGGCCCGUGGCGGUUGACCUGACGCAGGACUUUGCGGGGUUCACCGUCGGCAACGCGGUCGGCGCCGGCUACGCACGCGACGGGCGCGGGUACAACGUCCAGCUGGGCGGUGGUAACAUAAUGGACCUCUCGGUCAACAAGGGCUCCGGCUUUGGCCUGUGGCUGCUCAACGGCCUGGUCAACAUCAACAUCGGCGCUGACGGCCGGUGGAACGUCGUCCCCAGCGCCGGCGCCGGCGGCUUCGGCGUGAAGAGCGCGGGCGCGGGCGCGGGGCCGGUGGACCCAAACCAGGCCGUGACUGUGCAGGGCAUGCAGGAGGCGGUCGGGCCGGCGGCGGCAAUGGCGCAGGCGCAGGCGCAGGCACAAGCGCAGGGGCAGGGCCAGGGGCAGCCCGGUCUGGUGGAUGCGGCGCAGGAGGGUGCACAGAUGGAUCCCUCGCAGCUGCAGGCGCAGGCUGCUUAUCAGCAGGCGCCGGCGGCUUACCAGCAGCAGCCCCUCCAAGCAGCGGCAGCGUAUCCCCCGGCGUACGCCGCCGGCGCGGCCUACCCCCCGCAGCAGCAGCAGCAGCAGCAGCUGCCGCCAGCUGCAGAUUACGGAGCGGCGGCCGCGCAGCUGCCGCUUCCGCAGCAGCAGCCAGGGGCGCGGCGCGCGUGCGAGGGCGGUGUGGUGGUGCGUGUGGAGGACGACGGCGCUGGGGGCCAGAAGUACGUGUGCAAGUACAAGAGGGGCGCGGGGCCAGCUGGUGGCCGCUAA